AUGGCUGACUCUCCUCCCCUCUCGCCCAGGUCUAGAAAGACAUUGAAUGUCGAAUCACCAUCUUUUACCCCAGCGACACAAGUUUCCUCAACCAAGAAAGCCACGAUUCCUACCCAAGCGGCCAAUGCCCCCUCUUUUACCCCUCGCGGCCUAGGAGCCGCAACUCCUACCGGGGUAUCUACCGGCUCUGCUCAAGAGCCCGAUCCAUCGAUUUUCAACCCUGCCGCCAUCCGCGAAUUCACCCCUAGUUUUGAUCUACACUCUGCCGUUGCUUCCCCCAACGGUGCUGCCCAAGAUGGGACUGUGUACUCCGACGCCUUCGUCAUGGCCAAUGUUGGAAGCGCUCUGCCUACCCCUCAGUACAACCCUUAUGCGGAGGACCACAGCGGAAUGGCCGGCGCCGCCCACUCCACCAGCUUCUUUCAGCCUCAGAGCGCCUUUACCGGCCCCCUCCAGCCCCUCCAGCACCAUCUAUACGCCCCUUCAACCGGCCGCAGGGACGAUCUCCACCCGUACCAGCGGACCACGUCCGACUUCUUCAUGCCCGAGGAGCUGCGCCAGGAGCUGGUGAAGAAGCUGGAGGCGACCAACCAGACCAUGCCCAACUCGCAGCUACCGCAGCUGGACAACUUUCACUCACUCGUGCCCCUCGAUACGACACAUAGGAAGAACCCGAGCGUUUUCGGCUACACCAGCUGGAUUUACAAAGCUUUCUCUGUCAAGAACGGGCGCGCCUACUCCCUCCGAAGACUCGAAGGCUACCGUCUGUCCAACGAAAACUCCAUCAGGUCUGUCAAGGAAUGGAGACGUGUCGUCAACACCAAUGUCGUCAUGAUACAUGACGCCUUUACCACAAGGGCUUUUGGCGACAGCUCCCUCAUCUUUGUCCAGGACUUUCACCCCCUGGCCAAGACCCUGGCUGAGGUCCACCUAGCGCCUAGCCCCGUCCAGGGCAACCGCUUUCAACAAAAGGCGCCCAUUGUCGAGUCGCUGCUAUGGUCCUACAUAAGCCAGAUCGCCUCGACCCUCAAGGAGAUCCACGGUAACAACCUUGCCGCGCGCUGCCUGGACGUGUCCAAGAUUCUGGUCACGGACAAGGGCCACCUCCGACUCAGCGCCUGCUCCAUCCUCGACGUGGUGCAGUAUGAGGCGCGACGUCCCGUCCAGGAACUGCAGCAGGAGGACCUCAUCAACUUUGGCCGCCUGAUGCUCGGCCUCGCCACCAACACCCACCCCGCGCACCUGAACAACCUCCAGACAGCGCUUGACCAGUUGAACAGGACAUACUCUGCCGAGCUACGAGACAGCAUAAUCUGGCUGCUCACCCCGCAGCAACCCCCUCAGCAAAAAGGCAUAGAGGAGUUUUUGCGCGGCAUAGCCAUACGCCUCGCUUCGUGUUACGAGGAAGAACAACAAAAGUCGGACGAAACUAACUCCGUCCUCCUCCAGGCCGUCGAGAACGGGCGGACGGCGCGCCUGCUGCUCAAGCUGGCCGCCAUCAACGAACGGCCAGACUUUAACGGCGAUCAGUCGUGGUCGGAGAAUGGAGGGCGCUACCUCCUGAAGCUGUUCCGCGAUUACGCCUUCCACCAGGUCGACAGGGAUGGCAACCCCGUUCUCGACAUUGGCCACAUGAUUCGCUGCAUGAACAAGCUCGACGCCGGCACAGAGGAGCAGGUCCUCCUCACCAGCCGAGACGAGCAGACAACCUUUCUAGUCACUUACAAGGAGCUCCGAAAGCAGCUCAACGCUGCGUUUGGGGAACUUCAAAAAGCGGCCAGCAAGCAGCCCGGCCCCGGAAGACCACUCUAG